CAGCUGUGACGUCAUGCUGAUUCCGGACGGCAGACUGGGCCGGUACCGACCGGACCGGCUGGUUCUUUGUUGGUAGUCCGAGCCGCCUUUAGCUUGAGCGGAAGCGUCGACAUGAUGAUGAUGCACAGCACUGGUCCAACCCAGGAAUCAGUGCUGGGUCCAGAAGACCGUGGAGAUUUGGUGCAGCCAUUUUCAAAAGAGACUACUGGAUCCCCAGAUGCCUCCGAGUUAGGGAGCCCACGAUCACCUCCAAACUUCGACCUUCUCAACAUGGUUGUGUCCUAUAAGAGGAUGGCGCUGUUUCUGGAACCAGUGAUAGAUGCAGUGGAGCUGAUCUGCUUCCUGCUCAGAUGGAAGAUGCCGCUAUGGUCUCUGACUGCUUGUGUCUUCAUCAAUGUCUUCUUCUGCACUAUUAAUGGUGUGGGUUGGUUCUCCAUGGGUCUUGUGGCAGUAUUGCUACCUGCUGCUCUGGGUUACCUGCAGGACAGGUGUGGGGGUGGAGCCUCAGAAGCUGAGCUGGUGAAAAGACGUUAUCACGCGGUACACCGCAGAGACCUGCAAACAGUGCAUCUGACCAAACAGGAGGCAAUGAUGGAAGUCAAAAACCUGCUGAAGCAUCUGGACAGCAUGUUGUCAUCUGCCUGCAUGUCAGCGGACGCUGUCUACAAAGUCCUCUACUGGGACGAUCAUGCCACAUCGUCCAGGUUCUAUGGCGGGAUGCUCAUGGUGCUAUGUCUGCUCUACGUUGCUCCUGUGGGAUGUGUCCUUGCUGGGCUCAACAGUGCCAUCUUCCUGUGGAACACAGAUUUCUGCAGAGUUGUGUUGGAAUUUAGACAGGUGUUCCAUGUAAGGCAUUCCCAGUCCACAGAGAUGGAGUGUGAAGAACACAGCAUCUUGUUGGACCAGACUCCCACACCAACCAGUGUGGAGGACCUGUCACCAGGGAGUGUUGAGGAAGCUGAGGAGGCAGAACCUGAUGAUGACUUUAAGGAUGCCGUUGAGGAACAUACUGUUGCCUUGCAGGACGAUGACGACGUACUGCUCGGCACGCCAGAGUAUGACACCAUCUCUGAAAAUGGUCUCCUAAGUCGCAAUGAGCCGAUUCGCAGCAAGGUGUCCAAGCUGACGGAGAAACUGCGUAAACGCUACCCGGUGGCCAGCACAGGAAGCUGUAGCAGCUGUAACGCAGUGUUCUCCGUGCUGAAGAAGAGGCGGAGCUGCAGUAACUGUGGUAACAGCUUCUGUUCACGCUGCUGCUCCUUCAAGGUGCUCAGGUCGUGCAUGGGAGCAACAGCUCCAGAGGCCCAGAGGGAGACGGUGUUUGUGUGUGCCGUCUGUCAUUUGUGUCUCAGCAAGGUGCAGUGAGAUGAUCGUCGACUGUUGGAGCUCCUCACUCGUAUCAGUGCACACAAACCCUCUUGAUCAUAUUCUGCAGUCCCUGACUCCACUCGCAAUCAAGAACUGGACCUAGAGGGUGGGCGGAUACACCCGGCCAAAGUGCUGAAGCUCUACUGAGAAAGUGGUUCUUGUUCAUAGUCCUCUGGGACCCUCCUCUGUCCAUGUUCCACCCACAACUGCUUAACUCAGUCAGGUGAGCUCAGCCAAUCAAGUGCCAGGGAAAGCCAUACACCACCAAUCAGGUGUAGAAGGAGCUUUGGUCCUGAUUGCUGUGAUCCAGAUUCUGUCUUUGAUCUUUUAUCCUGAUUACAUUGGUUAGAGGCUCAAAGUCAGACAAAUGGAUGACAAUA